CUACUGCACACCGGCAACAUGGAAGCCGAUGAGGGUUGGUUCACCAGAGGCGGUGGCACAACGCUGGCCUCAGCUCCCAAUCAACCUGCUCCGCGCCGCAAGAUCGUCAGUGUCUGCGUUCUCAUUGAGCAUCCGACUGAGGGCCUCAUUCUCUACGAAACCGGCGGCGGGAAAGAUUACCCAGAGGUCUGGGGUGCACCACUCAACGAUAUUUUCGCUCGUGUCGAUUACUCUCCCGAGCACGAACUCGCAGCUCAGAUCAAACAGACUGGCCAUGACAUCAAAGACGUUAAAGCUGUGAUCAUGGGACACUUGCACCUCGACCACGCUGGUGGCUUGGAGAACUUCAAAGGAACUGGUAUACCAAUCUAUAUCCAUGAGGAUGAGCUGAAGCACGCUUGGUAUUCCGUGGCGACCAAGUCCGAUAUUGGAGUCUACUUGCCAAAGGACUUGUCCUUGGAACUCAAUUGGAAGGCAUUCACUGGACCAUUCUUGGAGAUCGCUCCGGGGAUCAAUUUGAGGCAUGCACCAGGUCACACUCCUGGACUGGUCAUUAUGCAAGUCAAUUUGAGCGAGUCCGGCACCUGGAUCUUCACCACUGAUCAGUAUCACGUCCAUGAGAAUUAUCAUUCCAGCGUUCCGCAAGGCUGGCUGGCAAGAGACCAUGAUGACUGGGUCAGGUCGGAUCAGAUGAUCAAGGCUUUGCAGAAGAGGACAAACGCAAAUAUGGUUUUUGGCCAUUGUGGUGCGACUCUGUCCAAAUAUAAGCUUGCUCCGUACGCAUACCAGUGA